AUGGCAGGCGAUUUGGCCCCCGUCCAUUUCUUUUCUCAUGGCUCCACGGCCAUGCUCGGCGAACAGUCUGACUCGGCAGACUAUUGGAAGGAAUGCGGUGAUGCUGCCCGCCGCAAUGGAAUUGAGCAUGUUGUGAUUAUGGGCGCACAUUGGGCUGCUGUAGGCGACGAAAUCCAGAUCGCUACCAGCCCGAAACCCAAGAAAGCACCGAUCGGUGGUGUCCAUCCUAGCAAAUAUGUCGACUACGAGUUGAUCCCAGAUCUCCCUAUGUGUGAGCGUGUUAUAUCGACUCUUCGAAAAGCCGGCUUCAACGCUUCGGCCAAUCCCAACUUUGAUUGGAUUCAUGAUGUAUAUCUGAUCUUGAUUCGCACAUUCCCCCAGGGCUGUCCUCCCACGACAGUGAUCAGUAUGAAUGCGAGAUUUGAUCCGACUUACCAUUUGCGGGUCGGAGCAGCCUUGAGACCACUUCGCCGUGAAAAAGUCCUAUUCAUCGGCUCCGGUGGUACUGUGCACAACCUCUACCGUAAUGUAUGGUGGCCAUUGCUCCGCUACGCAGACAAUUUCGCCAUGCCAACGCCUCCUGGGGAUUGGGCUUUGGAUUUCCGGCAGGAAGUUGAGGAUGCCAUGACAAAGGCUUCAGGGCCACUCCUCAGGAAAAGUCUCACUAUGCUGAUGAAGAUACCCAAGUAUCGUGAGGCCCAUGCCACCGACGAUCACAUUAUGAGUGCUAUGUUUGUAGCCGGGCUUGUAGGAGAUGUUGAGGAUGAAGGGACCCCGGUGGAGAUUGGUGCUGAAGAUUGGGAGCUGACAAACAUGUGUAAUACCCAGUUCACAUUUGGAAAUUGGGGAACAGUGAGUGUAUGA